UCAUUCCCUGGCAGGCUGAGUCAUUGAGCCACUGCAGACUUUGGAAGAAAGAAUUAUUAGCUGAAACAUUCAAGAACCAGGGGGUCCCAGAGAGAACCCUUCUUUUGAUCUGGAAUUAUCUGUUAUUGACCACAGAACUGCUACUGACGAUUCCUGGGACAGGGGCCUGUAUAGUGAGAGGCCUUCAAGGAUGAAUAUCCUCCGCCUACUCCUGGCCACCCUGCUGGUCUCCCUGUGCCUCCUCACUGCCUACAGUCACCUGGCACCUGAGGAAAAACCCAGAGAUGACAGGAACCUGAGGAGCAACUCCUCCAUGAACAUGUUGGAUCUCCCUUCUGUCUCUAUUGUAGCGCUGAACAAGAAAUCCAAAAAGAUCAGCAGAAAAGAGGCGGAAAAGAAGAGAUCUUCCAAGAAAAAGGCUUCGAUGAAGAAUGUUGCUCAGCCUCGGCGGCCCCGGCCUCCGCCGCCCGCCCCCUGCGUGGCCACUCGUGACAGCUGCAAGCCGCCGGCGCCCGCCUGCUGCGACCCGUGCGCCUCCUGCCAGUGCCGCUUCUUCCGCAGCUCCUGCUCCUGCCGAGUGCUCAACCCCACCUGCUGAGCUCACCCACCUCCAAGGCCGGC